AAACCCGCCAAUAAAAAAACAAUCCAGAAGAAGAAGACAAAGAAGACGGUAGUUGAUCCUAGGGAACUGUGUAUCUACAUCACCCGGAAUGCUUCUCCACCUUUUAACUUCCACCCUUCCCCUAAUAACUCCCCACUCCCACCAUUUUCCUGAACUCUUUCAUUACUGACUUUUCCUCAUCAUCAUUGCGGGGGGGAGCUAAAAUUAGCAGCAGUCAUGGUAGAUGUCAGUAAAUGGCCACUGUUCUCUCUGCUGAGCAGCGAGGUGCGAGCCACAGUCCGCCAGGCCUGUGUCUUUGGGACAUCGGCGAACGAAGCCAUCUAUGUCACUCAAGAAAAUGACGUGUAUGUAUUUGGUCUAAACUGCAGUGGCUGCCUUGGGACAGGUGACAGUGUGAGCACUAUUGUGCCAAAGAAACUGGACUUCCUGGAGGGAAAGAAGAUCGUCAGCCUCAGUUACGGCAGUGGACCUCAUGUGCUGUUGGCGUCAGAAGAUGGUCAGCUGUUUGCCUGGGGUCAUAAUGGUUACAGUCAGCUAGGGAACGGCACAACCAACCCGGGAUUUUCAGCCGUGGCGAUCACGACGAACCUACAGAACAAGAAAGUGAUGGAGGUGGCAUGCGGCUCGCAUCAUUCUCUGGCUCUCACUCACGACGGAGAGGUGUUUGCAUGGGGUUAUAACAACUGUGGCCAGGUGGGUUCAGGCUCUACAGCCAACCAGCCGUACCCAAGGAAAGUCUGCAGCAGCCUGCAGGGCAAGACUGCAGUGAGCAUCACAUGUGGACAAGCAUCCUCCAUGGCUCUGGUUGACAACGGCGAGAUUUACGGUUGGGGCUACAAUGGAAACGGGCAGCUAGGAACUGGGAACAAUGGCAAUCAGCUUUCUCCUUGUCGCCUUACUACGCUUCAAGGGUUGUGCAUUCAACAAAUUGUUUCAGGAUACGGACACUGCUUGGCCCUAACAGACGAAGGACUACUGUAUGCCUGGGGAGCAAAUACUUAUGGUCAACUAGGAACUGGCAAUAAGAACAACCAUCUCAGUCCUGUGCAAAUCAUGGCUGACAAAGAAAGGGUUGUAGAGAUUGCAGCAUGCCACUCGACACACACUUCAGCAGCCAAGACUUCAAGCGGCAAGGUGUACAUGUGGGGUCAGUGUCGAGGCCAGUUGAUCUCACGUCCUCGCCUCACCCACCUCAGCAGCAUGGAUGAUGUGUUCGCCUGCUUCGCUACGCCCCCUGUGACGUGGCGCCUCGUGUCUAUGGAGCACGAUGACUUCAUGACCAUUUCCGAGGCUCUCAGGGAAGAGUUUGACUGUCCAGACACUGCCGACCUCAAGUUCAGCGUUGAUGGAAAAUACAUUUAUGUUCACAAAGCUGUCCUGAAGAUCAGGUGUGAGCAUUUCCGCUUAAUGUUUCGCUCCCAGUGGACAGAAGAUCAGCAGGAGGUGAUCGAGAUCGUCCAGUUCUCAUAUCCCGUCUACAGAUCCUUCCUGCAAUUCCUCUACACAGACACUGUCGAUCUGCCACCCGAGGACGCCAUCGGCUUAUUGGAUCUGGCUACGUCUUACUGUGAAAACCACCUGAAACGUCUGUGUCAGCAGAUAAUCAAGAAGGGAAUUACUGUAGAAAAUGCCUUCACCCUGCUGUCUGCAGCCAUUCGAUAUGAUGCAGAGGAUCUUGAAGAAUUUUGCUUCAAGUUUUGUGUCAACCACAUGACUCAGGUGACUCAGACCACAACUUUCUGGGAAGUAGACGGAGCCAUGCUCAAAGAGUUUAUCAGCCGAGCCAGCCGCUGCGGAGCCUUCAAAAACUGAGCGAUGCUCUUGCCUUCUCGCAUUUUAAACACACGUGUGCUGCAGGUUCAGCACGCCAUAUUGAACUGACAGUAGUUAUCUACGGAUUUUUAAUCAGCACUUUUGGCCAAUUCCUGUGAAGUCAUUCUGAAUGUUCAUAAAUAUGAAUAUUUACA